UUUGUGAUACCAAAUUCUUUUUGCUAAUAUAAAAAGAUAGACUGAGUGGAGGAUAAAAGUAGUUUCAACUUUCAAGUAAGGACCCUCCCUCGGCUAGAAAGUUGCUCCAUUUUUAUCAAUUUCGACAGUCAGAAAUCGAACUUUGCAGUGAGCAUACUUCCUGCAAAAGAGCAUGCAGAUGCGACAAAAGCUUCUUUUUAGAUCCAGUCCAGCUAUAUGCCCUCAUGGUGUGUGGGAUCUUGCCCCUGUUUAUCUGAAGCAUCACGUUGAUCCAAUCAAACGCAAGAUGCUACCUACAUCAAUUAAGCUUUUAUUGCAAAGUAGAGCUAAAAGAUGUGGCUUUUCAGUUAAUUGUCUUUUUGGAACCAUUGACUACUCGAGUAAUGAGCAGCAGACUUUUCAUAUAAAUGGUGAGGAGAUUUCUUAUGAUUUAUACAAUGCAUCCAUUUGUGAGUUGUGUAGUGAAGGUGACGUUGAUAAGGCAAUGGGGUUGCUUUCCCAGAUGGAGGCUUUGGGUUUUCAUGCAAAUUAUUUGUCUUAUACUAGUUUGAUCGCUGCUCUUGGAAGUGUUGGCAGGACCUUGGAAGCUGAUGCAAUCUUUCAUGAAAUGUUAUCUUCUGGUCGCAGGCCAGGGGUAAAGGUGUUCAAUGCGUUACUUAGGAGCUUCCUGCGAAAAGGCCUCUUAAGGCUAGCAGAUAAGGUCUUGAUGUUACUUGAAGAUUUGGAUGUUGAGAGAAACCAAGAAACUUAUGAGAUCUUGCUUGAGUAUUAUGUCAAUGCUGGGCGGUUGGAGGAUACUUGGUUGAUUGUCUCCAAAAUGAGGAGAGAAAGUUAUCGUUUAAAUUCUUUUGUGUAUAGUAAAAUAACUGAACUGUAUAGGGACAAUGGGAUGUGGAAAAAAGCACUAGGCAUUGUGGAAGAGAUCCGUGAGAUGGGGUUACGAUUGGAUAAGCGUCUCUUUAAUAGCAUCAUUGAUACUUUUGGCAAGUAUGGUGAGUUGGGAGAGGCCUUAGAAGUGUUUGAAAAAAUGCGCCGAGAUGGCAUAAAGCCUGAUUUUCGAACAUGGAAUUCUUUGAUCCGGUGGCAUUGCAAGUUUGGGCAUCUUGAUACUGCUAUAGAUUUGUUCGAUGAGAUGCAAGAACAAGGACUAUACCCUGAUCCAAAGAUCUUCAUUAUCAUUAUUACCCAUUUAGUGGAGCAGGGUAGGUGGGAUGUUAUCAAUAAAAUUCUCAAGAAUAUGCAAGGGAGAGGACAUCACAAGAGUGGGGCUAUUUACGCUGUCUUGGUUGAUAUUUAUGGCCAGCAGGGUAGAUUUCAGGAUGCAGAGUAUUGUUUAAAUGCUCUGAAAUUGGAAGGUCUUCAGCUUUCACCUAGCAUCUUUUGUGUCCUGGCCCAUGCCUACGCUCAGCAGGGAUUAUGUGAGCAGACUGUAAAGGUUCUGCAGAUAAUGGAAGCCGAAGGAAUGGAACCAAACCUUAUAAUGCUAAAUGUGUUGAUCAAUGCUUUCGGGACUGCUGGUAGGCAUAUGGAGGCACUAUCAAUUUACCAGCACAUAAGGGAGAUGGGUAUUACUCCUGAUGUGGUUACUUAUAGUACUUUAAUGAAGGCUUUUAUGAGGGCUAAGAAGUUCGAUCAGGUCCCCAAGAUAUAUAGUGAAAUGGAAUCCGCUGGAUGUACGCCAGAUAGAAAGGCUAGAGAAGUGUUACAAUCAGCAUUGAUGAUCCUUGAACAGAGACAUUGUUAGUUAACAUACAACUUGUUAGCCUAUUCGGCUCUAAUAAUGCUGUUGUUAGCUUCUUCAUUCAGAAGAUGACGUACAGCACCAAAAACUAAAAGCACUUUUUAUGCUACUCACUGUUAUCUACAAUCUUUGAGGACUUCGAUACUCAACUUAUUGCUGUACCACUUCUUGAUGCCUUAUUUAGGGAGGAUUAUUUAACAGUUGCAGUUACGUAUCUUCCUGAAAUGAAGUUACGGCUGAGCAGCUUGUCAUUUCUGAGGUUUGUGAAUAUGGAUUUCAAUCUGUUCUGGUUUAUAUUCACAUAUGGUAUCAUACUUAUCAACCCGUGGUCACAUUUGUGUGCAAGUCUGCCCAAGUUUUGUGCACAAGGGAAGCCAUUGGAGUAAUAUUUAGCCUUAAAAUUUCACUGGAGUUGCUUUAGAAGUAUUGUUCUAUUUACUGAGUUAGAGAUCAAACGUGCAAUACAAACUUGUGCAUGGAAUUCCAUCCUUUUCUUGAUUGGAGCAUACCGUAGUUUAGGACCGCAGGUUUCAUUAAAUGACAGCCAGCCUGUGCCUGUUAAAAGAACUAACUGGUACUAGCAAGUAUACUCGGUAACAGCAAGGUGUCCUGGGCACCUUCACUUAUCUUCUUCUGCCGUUCAAGUGGUAAAAUAAAGGUGAAAUUAGUAUGUUGUGUCUAUUGCAUGCAACCAUUAUUAUUAUUCCCUUGUUUCCUUGGCAACCAUUCUUUUCUCCAGAUGUACUUCUGUUCUUCUGCAUUAUUGUUGUAUCAACAGGGUAAGAAAUGGUUCACCUUGAUGUUCCUAGUCACAAGAUCAGACUCUGCAUGUUUCUUGAAUAACUUGAUGCUGCAGAGAUUGUAUUUGCUUACUGAUAAUGUAAUAAAUUUAACUUAUAUAUGCUGAUAGUGUUCUAACUUGUUAUAACAGAUUGUUUACUUUAUUUA